UGGAGCUCUCCGCCCGCAUCGAGCUUCCGCAACCUCCCACAGCUUCAGCGACAUCACCAGCAUCAUCAUCACCACGGUUCUCCCACCACGUCGCACGUGGCGACCGCCCUCCCCAUAAGCUGGCAUCACCUUCUCUCCAGCUCGCCUACCACCAUGUAACCGCCCGCCAUGUCGUUUGUAAACACAGACACCUUUCUCGCCGUCGCCCUCGUCAUCAACCGAUCCCGCGAUGGCCCAGCCUUCGUCUUCCACUACCCACCAGAGGUCCAUCCCGUUCGGCAGACCUCUUCCGAGGCAGAGGCAGCUCAGUCUCACGAAUUUGAAGACCUCUUGCUCGAGAAGCUGGCUCUUGCCGGCUCCCACAGCGACCUCUCCGGCUCGCAAAUCUCCUCCACGCAGCGCCAUGCCGACGACCACCAUCACAACCGCAGUGAGUCGGGUACACAAAAGGCCGCCUGGGAAAAGGUGGCGGGAUUCCCUACGCGCGAUCUUGCUAGCAUCUUGACCCCCGCACGGUCCUACCAUAAGCGCCUUUUCCAGCUCGCCCUCGACCCUCUACACUGCGUCUCGUAUCCCAUCCAUGUGCCUGUCGAUGGCAAGUGGAAGAAGACAAAGAAAUCCAACAAGGCCAAGUCGGCAGCCAACACCGUCGUCAGCGAAGACCUCUUGUCGCCUGCAGAUGCGGAGAAUGCCAAUAAUGGCACCCCGGACAAGGACAAGGACAAGAAGGAUGACGACGAGGAAAAACGCAGUUCCAUGACCAUGUUCAACUUGGUCUUUAUCCUCAAUCCCAAAAAGGACGAGACGCGCGAGCUAGUCGACGCGCUCUACUCCAACAUUGUCAAAAAGGUCAACAAGGCCUACCAGUACAGUCAGCAGCAUAGCGACUUUGUGUGGAAGGAAUCUAAGCGCAUCCUUGCCGCAAAGGACCAGGCUAGAGAAGAUCGCCGCAAAAUGCAAGAUCUUUGGAAAGACCUCAUCUCGACAUCAUCGCUUGCAGCCUCUGUCCACGACAUUUAUAAAGCAGUCUCCCAGAACAAGAUUGCCACUCUCCAUCUCGAAACAGCCGCCGGCGCUCUGAACCCAUCGGUACAAAUACCCGCACCAUUCUAUGUUGCUGAUAUCCCCGCUGAAGACAACAAUCGUGAAUGCGGCCUGUGGCUCACAACAGCCAAUGCCUUUAUUAGCCAAGAUGCCCUGGAGGAACCAGGCUUUCUCGACAAGAACUUUGCGCUUCUGCUCAUGGACGACGAAAAGAAGAUUAUUGCCGAGCUCCAAGCCGACCAGGACCCGGCCACGAUGCCCAUGAUUGAGUUUGUGCGGCUGUCCAAACCAACCAUGAGCUUCUACCAAGUCGCACAGGGCAACAUCCUGACACUAUCCCAAGUGCGCAAGUACGCUCAGCACUUCAUCUUUUGGCGCAGAGCCAUUGCUAUCCCGCCGCUCCACGCGCGCGACACAUACAUUGUGUCCCCCAACUGCGACCUCUCGCGCCUCGCAGAUGAUACUGUUGACUGGCAGCGCGAGUUCCCCGUAGCACCGCCGCUACCCAACUUUCUCGCGGAGCUCUCAGCCUGCCCGCGCCCGUACAAGACAUUCUGCCCUAGCAAGGUCCACCGUCCACUGUACCUGCGCAUGCUGGCCUGGCUGCUUCGCGGCGGAUGGGUCACGCAGCUCUGCACGUUCGGGUAUGUAGUGGUCUGGCCCGAAAUCUUGUACGAAGUCGAGUACGAAAUGGAAGCAGAAGAGCUCGGCCCGACACCGUCCACGUCUCCUGCCUCCGCAGGCACACAGACCAAGACGUUCUACUUUGGCCCCAACGACGAAGACACCGACAAGCCGGCCAAUGCUCCCACAACACCUCCACCAUCUGCCAACACCUCCCCGAAUGAGACGACGGUAGUCUCGCCCGUGCUUUCUCCAGAGUCGCAGCAUCAGCCGUCUGCUAUUGAACAGGCCGCCGAAGCUGCACGUCUGGAGCGUCUUGCAGCCCGCCAUGAGCGUGCUAUUGCAGACAAGGCCGCCGCACACGCACGCAAAACAGUACCCAUCACGACGCCGCACCCCUCAACCAACACGGCGUCUCACUUGGCCCAUCUAACCCCACAUGUCAUUCUCGAUGCGAAAAAGGCAACGGGCAAAGAAUCGCGAUAUCUGUCUGCCAUUGGUAGGCGCCUGUCAGAUCGCGACGAACGCAUUGGGCGAGCGUGGCCCCGUCUCUGUCGAUACUUUGAUGGGCAUACGGCGUUGGAGAGGAUUGCGCUGAUGGAGGAGAUGAAGCGUAAAGAAGCGUGGGGUCUUCUAAGUGGAAUGGCUGAGUAUGUCGCCGUAGUGCGUCAUUGGUAGUUGGCGGUAAUUAGUUCACCAUAUUAGUGUGUUUAUAGGCGUUUUCAAAGGGUCAUGGUUGUUAGCAGGUCGGGCGUUGGUUGUUAUUUUAGUCACACAUGCACAGUAGUAGAGAGAUAAUAUGGUGUAUAAUAGCAGUGAGAUUGGUAUUGAAUUAGGAAAUAAACAGCAUCUCAUCAAGUCAAAAGUCGCAAAACGCCAGCAAGUCCGUGUACCAUGUGCAUAGAAGCAAAGGCAAAAACAAGAAAAGACCAAAAGCGAGGCAGGCAAUGAGAAUACAGCAGCGGUGACCACGACGGGCCGUACAAAGUGCUAAACUGCUCUCGAGGUAUCAUAUGAAAAAAAAAGGCAAAUAAAAAAGAACAAGGAAACCUCCCUGCGUUGCAAAAAAGAGAAGCCAAAAAAGCCAAGUCGAAGAACCAGUUGUAUGUGUAUAAUCAAAGGAGUGCAUUCCGCCCACGUUUGGCGAGCAAAGUUUGUAUAUAUAUCGUAGAAACGAAGCAAGCAAGCAAGCAAGCAAGCAAGCUAAAAAAGGACCAAGGAAGCAAGUGAAAAAGACGGGGACAAGGAUAAAAAAGAGGAAGAGGACCACUCUCCAACGCCCCUGGACGCCGACCGGAUGCAGAUGAGAAUCGAUUAGGUUUCGCUAGGGACACAGGCGCGAACACACACAUACUUGGGGAAGGACGAAGGGCAACACGUUGGAGCCAGCUUUCAACGCGGCACCGGCACCAUCUCCCAAGAGAAUGUCAAACAAAGGCGGCACAUGCAUAGCCUACAAGGCUGUAUCAUCAGAGAACCAGCUCUCCUUGACAGCUUGGGGAGCAUGUGCAUACCUUGCUUUGUAGUGGGAGAAGGGGAAGCGACUUAUUGCGUCAUCUCCAAGUCGUACUCAUCUUCGGGCUUGAAGUUGAGUGAGACGGCGUUGACAUCGUCAUCGGGGUCAUGCCAAAACUGGGCAGUCUCGUCGCCGCCGCCCACGCCAGGCUCGGGGGUGAUGCCAACGCCGUCAAGGCCGCCACCGAUGCCGCUGUUGAUGGGCUCGCCACGGUAGUCGGUGUGGUGGGGAACGCGAAGGCCAGAGCCAGCUGUGCGUGUGUAGGAAAAGGCGCCCAUCUCGUUCUUGGAGAUGGUGUCCAUGAGCUCCGACUGCAUGCGGCGCUCGUCGUCGGUCAACUCAAAGGGGAAUUGGCCGCCGAGCUCGGCAAUGGUGUUCAUGAGCUCCUCUUGCUGCUGGAUCUUGAGGUGCAGCAACCACAUGAGGUCACGGGUCCAGCUCACUGAGCCGUUGAGGAUAUCGCCCUUGUUGGGCCCUUUGUCCUUGUCCUCAAUGGGCAGGCCGGUGGUGAUGUUACCAGCACUGGCACCAGCAGCGCGGCGGGCUCCAGGGCCAGCCAGGCCAGAAGUAGCCUGCGAGGGGCUGGAGAUGCCGGUAAGAGUAGGGGAGAGAGGAGUACCGUUCUGGAUAAGCUUGCGGAGCUUCUCGUCCUCCAGACGAUGAGCGGGCACAAGCUUGCUAAGAUCUUGAAUGCGCUCAUUGAUGUUGUCACGGCGGCGGCGCUCGACCAGGUUGUGGGACUCUCUGCGGCGCUUGCGCUUCAUCUCCUGGGAUGAUACGGCAGUGUUGGGGACACCGAGCUUAGCAGGCAUCGACGUGCCACCCUUCAUCAUGACCUCGUUGAUCUGGCCCAUACCAGCUUGCUGCAUGGGCGAGGAGAAGCCCGAGUUGUAGGAAGCAGGGAUGCUGCCGUUGGGAGUGUUGAGCCAGUGGGUAGGCGGGGACUUAUCGUGGCUGUUGGAGGCGCGCAUAGACUGAGGGCCAAAGGCGGGAGACUCGUGAGAACCAAUGGGCAUGCCUUGCAUGCUGCCCGUCUUGGGUGUCAUUGGUGUUCCGCGCUGGCUGGAGAUCUUGCGCUGCAUGGGCUGGCCCAUGCGAGCAGCGCGAGCCUUGGCAAAGUUGGGGUCGUUGCUGUCGCCAGCGAGCUCGGUGUUGAAGGACAUGGGAGAGUGGAGUGAGCCGCCCAUCUGGCGGAACUGGGCGCCGUAGGCAUUGUUGAAGGGGCUCUGGAUAGGGUCGCCGUCGGGGGUGUGAGAAUAGCCACUCAUGUGCUGCGCAUCAAUAGGCAGGCCGGCAUUGCUGCCACGGUGAGCAUGGAAGGCAUUCUGGUUGAAGCCAAUGUUCAUGCCCGAGAAGUCGUCCUGGACCUGGUCGGCGGGGUUGGCAAGGGAGUCGAGCAGUUCAUCGUCACCGAGGACAGCGCCGCCCGAAGAGAAACCGUUGUUGGAGUUUGUGUUGGCGGAGAAGUUGUUGCCGGCGGCAAAGGAGGAAGAGUAGAGGUCGUUGGGGUCGAUGUUGCCGGUGUUUCCGGCACUAAAGUGCGCAAAGCCGUGCUGAGCCAUGGCGUACGUAGAUGCUCUUGGUUGAGCCUGAAAAAAAUAACGUGUUGAUUGAGAGGAGAUGAAUGUGCCCGACGAGGGCGAAGCAGUUGCGCGCGCUACAGACGAGCGUGGAGGCAAAGCACAG